AUGCCAGCAGCAACAGGAUUACCCUCUACAAUACUCGGCACACUUUGCGCCAGCACAAUAAAAGCAAUACCAACCCUGAGGCAACGAUGCCUCUACCACUCGUACGACUAUGCGCAACCGCCUCCGUUCCCUGCCGCUGAGACCAAGAUUCUAUCCUCCGCAUACGCACACGUUCCGGACCACGGCUUCACAAAUGAUGCAUUGAUGCUUGGCGCGAGAGAUGCUGGCUAUCUCGAUGUUUCGACGAACCUCUUCCCCAGAGGUGCAUUCGAUCUCAUCAACUAUCACCUCGUUAUACAACGAUUGGCGCUGAAGGAUUCUGUUCAAUUUCUGGAGGAGAAGGAUGGAAAGAAGAUGGGAGUAGGGAGCAAAGUUAGAUCAUUGACUUUGGCGCGGUUAAGAGCGAAUGAGCCUGUCUUGCACCGAUGGCAGGAGGCCCUUGCAGUAAUGGCACAGCCGUCUUAUAUUCCACCCUCAUUACACGAGCUUGCAGCUCUCGCAGAUGAAAUCUGGUUCCUCGCGGGCGAUCAGAGUGUAGACACCAGCUGGUACACCAAGCGCGCGACGCUAUCGACCAUUUACUCUGCUACCGAAGUCUUUAUGACGCAGGAUUCGUCGAAGAAUUUCAUCGAGACUGAGCAGUUCCUCGAUAACAGACUGCAGGACUUGCAGGCUGUCGGUGGAUUUAUGGGGAAGCUGGGCGAAUGGGUCAACUACACAGGACAUAGCACGAUCAAUGUGCUACGGAGCAAGGGUGUCAGGAUUUGA